AUGCGCGUUCAAUCCCUUGCUCUUCUUGCCGGCGCGACCGCCGCUGUCGCCGCCGACACCGUCACCCUAUUCUUGCCUGGAUUUGACUCCCAGGACCUCGUUGGAAAGGUCGUUGGUUCGAGCGGCUCUACGACCACCUAUGUUAUCAACUGCCCCGGCAGCACCGACUCCGAUGACUGUGGUGUCCCACCCAGCGGCAUCACCGUUGCGCAGGCGCAUUCCAGCGUCGCAAUCGCGUAUGGCGCCGAAUCAGUCACAAUCUCGGAGAAAUGCGAGUACGACGCCACAUCUGUCAGCUGCUCUGUGAGCAUGAACGAGAGCGGCCUCACUACCGCAUUCCAAACCGGCGUCCCGAGGACUGAGAUUCCCGGCGCCUUGAUGCCUGUUACAAUCACUGGAACUGGCGCUGCCGGCGCUUCCGCUACCACCGGUGCCUCGGCUUCAGCUUCGACUGCCGCUUCCACGGGCGCAUCUACUUUGACCACCUCUGCUUCUGCCUCUGACAACACUGCUGCUAGCACCGCUACUGGUACCAGCACCGGUGAUUCUUCUGACAGCAGCAGCGCUGCUGCCACGAGCUCGACUGAGACUGGUAACGCUGCCAUGCCCAUGAUCACCGGACGCGCCGGCUGGGCUGCUGCUGGCGGUGUUGCUGCCGCCUUGGCUUUCGCUGCUCUCUGA